UCCAUAUAUGUAAUCCAAAGCCCUAGCACCCUAACGAUAAUACAAAGCAGAGACAGUGCGAUUGCUAUUAGGGUUCACUCUCUUCUCUUUAGAUCGCUUAAGGUUUCUCUGAAAAAAUGUCUCGCGUGUAUGUUGGUAACUUGGAUUCACGAGCCACUGAGCGGGAUCUAGAAGACGAAUUUCGUGUAUUUGGAGUUAUUCGAAGUGUUUGGGUUGCUCGAAGGCCUCCAGGUUAUGCUUUUAUUGACUUUGAUGAUUACAGGGAUGCACAGGAUGCUAUUCGCGAAUUAGACGGCAAGAAUGGAUGGAGGGUUGAGCUUUCUCACAACUCUAGAGGUGGAGGUGGUGGUCGCGGUGGGGGUCGUGGUCGAUCUGGUGGUUCUGAUUUGAAGUGCUAUGAGUGUGGCGAGCCUGGUCAUUUUGCACGUGAAUGUCGACUACGUACUGGUUCAGGAAGACGUCGUAGCCGCAGCCCUAGAUACCGCAGGAGUCCAAGUUAUGGUAGAAGGAGUCACAGCCCUCGUGGGAGAUCUCCAAGACGCCGCAGUUUCUCACCUCGUGGACGCAGUUAUAGCAGGUCACCCCCACCAUACCGCGGGCGUGAGGAGUUGCCUUAUGCCAAUGGAAAUGGUGUAAGGGAUCGUCGCCGCAGCAGGAGCUGAGCAUUGUAAACUUGGCAACUUACUUUUGUGGAGAGGAUACUGGAUUAAAUGUGUUUAGUAUGUUUGGACUUCAGUACAACUAUGUUUUUGUUUGGGUGACGCCCUCAGGCUCUCUUGGAUUUGGAUAAGUUUCCUUCUUACUUCAUUUAUAUGUUGGCUAUUUUUCUUUUAUUUAUGAGUAGUUGCAUUAUCUUCUUGGUCAAAACAACAUAGUGUUUAUUAUUACAAUUUUAUUGAGAUAGUUGGUAAGAACUUUGCUAAAAGUACAUGCUUUCUUUUUGUGUCGAGGACAAGGUGUCUUCUGGGUCUGCAUCAUUGGUUUUGUGGUUCUACACUCCCUUGGGCUUCAUUCUGUUCUGCCCUGCUAUGGGAUCUUCAAUUUUCAAUGAUUGUGGGUCCCAACCGGCUUCAUCUUUAGAUGCUUCUGUUUGAUUGAAUCUCCUGCUGUGAAGCGCCUCUCCUCAAAUUCUAGUGGCAUUUCUUUUAGUUAACUUAAUUGGUUAGAUGAGCUGCUUCAAACACUUCUGGAAGGUACUUAAUCUGUUCUACAGAAGUUUGGGUUUCUUGGGUUCUCUUAAACAAAAGGGGUUUGGAAUUUUAAAAUCAAAAUUUAUUGUGAAUUUAAUAGAAAUAAAGAUCUUUAUAUUCUUGGGAGCUCACACUAUUCUCUGAUUCUUCAUGUAAAAGAUGACUUCAAAAUGGAAGGAAAUUUACCUGCUUGGGUUGGUUAUUAGAUUCUGAUCUCUUUAUUUUUCAGCAUGCAAUGAAACAAAAUUGUUACCAUAUAUUGUUAGACUCGGAGUUCUAUGAUAUAACCUUGGGAAAAUUCUUUAUUUUUGCCCAAGUGUCUUCUACAUAAAUCUAUUUCUGGGGUCAUGGAUUGAUCAUGUCUUGGUGACCUUGGCUAAUUGAUGUUGCUUGAGCUGCUAGAGGAGCUCAUACCAAGCCUUUGGCUGAAGACCUUCCUAAGCUGACUUGAGAUAUUCUGCCCCUGAUAAUAUUUUUUGAUCAUCUAGGAUUUUGUACGGACUUUUAAUAUCCGCAAAUUCCUUGGUGAAGUGGCUUCAUGGUUUUGUUUUUGGUAUCUAUUUGCUGCUGGAGGAUUGACCCUACUCAAAUCAGCACAGCUGUAUUAUGUUUGUGGUGCUUGCUUGCUUGUUUUCUUUAGAUUUCGGCUAUUUUUUUGCUUCAUCUUUUGGUCAGUUGAUUGAGCUGCAGUGUCUCAUUUUUGUUACCGUCACUAGCUUCUAGCCUUGAGAGUUUUAUUCCUGGAAUCAAAAGUGAUUGAGACUUUCAGUGUCACCUGUUUGUUGCUGCUGCACUCGGUGAUUCUAGGAGUCAUAUGAAGCCUUAGUCUUUCAUUGUCAUUGUCUUUUAUUAUAAUGUGCAUGCCACAUGGAUUGGUAAUUGUGUUAUAUCAUUUGUAAUGGAAUACGUUGAAAUGUCAUAAUGUCAUGAUCCUUUAGUUAA